AUGAGUCUUAGCACGCCGCUGGGUCUGCUCCAGGCCAUCCUGGUGAGGAUCCCCAUGCUCCUGAAGAUCACGCUAUGGCAUGGCAUACGCUUGUCGCCCGUCGCGGGCAAGCAAGAUCUACGAACAGAGUUGACCGUCGCCGUCAUUCGAUCCUUCAUGAAUUUUAUGAUCCCCGUCAGUAAACAGCAGAAAGGGGCGAUGCGCGACCCGGGCAUCAAGGGUCCCAUCUGGGUGUCCAAGGUGACCCUCCCGUCGCCCGGGGAGGACGUUUGCAACGCCGUGCGCAAAGCCUUUGAGGAUCUACAAUCGGGUGGGGAGACUUUCGAUCCCCCCGGGGUGGGACCGGUGGAAGCGGAGUGGACGGGCUAUCGCAAUGGUGUGGACAAGAAUGAGCCGUUGCCUGACAUCCCGGAGGACGCCAAGUUCGACGCGCUACGGGCAGAGGCCCCGUCGGACAGCGUGAUCCUGUACUUCCACGGCGGUGCAUACUUCCUGAUGGAUCCCUGCACUCAUCGGGUACCGGUGGCACAGCUGUCCAAGCGCACGGGGGCUCCCGUGCUGUCGGUGCGAUACCGUCUGGCGCCGCAGCACCCGUUCCCCGCCGCGCUCGUCGAUGCGCUCGUCGCAUAUCUGUCGCUCAUCGCCCCGCCCCCGGGCUCCUUUCACGCCCCCGUCCCCGCGAAGAAGAUCAUCCUCGCGGGCGACUCCGCGGGGGGCAACCUGUCCCUCGUGCUGCUGCAGACGCUGCUGACCCUGCGUCGAGUGUGUCCCACCGUGCACUUCCACGGGCAGGCUAUCCCUAUUGAGACUCCCGGCGGCGUAGCCACCAUCUCGCCCUGGUGCGACAUCAUGCGGUGUCUGCCCUCGAGUACACGCAACGCGCAUUUCGACUACCUACCCGUGCCCGCCCAGUCCCCCGAGUCCAUCUUCCGACCGCUGCCGAUUCCCACCGACGACGUGUGGCCCUGCAAACCACCGCGUGUCGAUUUCUUCGUCAACGCCAACGCCGUCCUACAUCCACUCGUGUCGCCGCUGACCGCGCCUCCCGAGCGCUGGGCAGGAGCGCCACCCGUGUUUAUGGGCGUCGGCGAGGAGGGUCUAACGGACGAGGCACUAGUUCUAGCCCGACGCAUGCACUCGGCCGGGGUGCCCGUGACGGUCGAACAGUUCGAGGGCAUGCCGCACUGCUUCGCGCUGCUCAUGAUCAAGACCGCCGCCGGGAAACGCUUCUACGACGGCAUGGCGGAUUUCUGCCGCCGCGCCGUGGCAGGCACGGUCCGGCCGAUGGACACUCUGACCUACAUUGCAUACAAGCUGCGCUCGGAACGGUCAAUCCCGUGGGACGAGGCUGUGACGCUGACGGAUGCGGAGGUGGAUGAGCUGCUGCAACAGGGUGCGCACUCUCGUGUGCGGGGAGAGAUGGAGCUCCAGAAGGAGUGGAAGGAGAGAGCCAAGUUGUAG